AUGGCAUCAUCAGCUAGAUCCUGUGCUGCUAUUAAAUGUGAAAUUGCUUCUUGUGCUACGUGUCACUGUUGCCAAACCGAUUUAUGUCUCGAUCAUUUAAAAGAACACAAAGACCGUCUCAGUGAAAAACUGAUUCCAUUAACUAAUCAAAUCAAUGCAGUUUUGGAUAAAGUGGAGCAUAUUACGCCGACUUCUUUGCCUAAUUUGCUAAUGCUUGAACAAUGGCGCAAUGCAGCUUAUCAAACAAUUGAUCAAUUUUGCCAGCUCAUGAAAGAUGAACUGUUUGAGCAUGCAAAAACUAAAUCACUAGAGAAACUUCAUACAACACGAAAUACUUUAGAUCAACUUAUUCGAAUGCAAGGAGCUACUAGUGAAAAUAUUGAUACACUAACCAAAGAUAUUGAACGAAUUGAGCAAGAAUUUAAUGAUCUUCAAAAGAUUUCGAUUAAUUUACAGCCUUUAGUUAUUAAUAAAAAUACUAUUAUUCAAUCAAACUCUUCAAGCAAGUCUCCGCAGCAUCCUGUGAAAAGUAUCCCAAAAGCAACAUCUUUGAAACAACAAAAUGAACUUGAAGCACUUCAAAACGGAAUUGCUUUUCAAAUCUUUGUUAAAGGACCGACUGAUGAGCAAAUACUUUUGGCGGUAAAACCAUCAGAUACAAUUAUAGAGGUUAAGCACAAAAUUCACGACAAAACAGGCAUGCCAAUAGACGAACAACGUCUUAGACAUAUGGGCAAAAUUCUCAAAGAAUCCAGUAAUUCAUUAAUAAUUAAAAUAUUUAAACAAUCAUCAAUUGGUAAAUAUGUGGCUAUUACAAUAUUUAUAUGGCUGUGUAAUUACAUGAAAUAA